AUGCCUAUUAAAAAAAGAUUGGCAAAAGUAAAACCCGUUGGCGCAGUUGUUAGCAAAAAAUUGAUUCCUCUAACGGAGUUCCCGCCACCCCACGUUCCGCACUCACAUUCUGGCCGAAGACAUUUCGAAGACGAGUGCAGCAAACGGCCCCUAGCUCAAGAAGUAUAUGACGGGAAUAAAGUAGAUAUUAUAGGAGACUAUUAUGACGAAAAGGUGGCAAGGACUGUCGCUACUGUGAUCAUACCUGAUCAUAUCGAUUAUAAACAUUUUCAAGUAACUACUCAAGUGCCAUACCUAACAUUGGGCCCAAUAGAAGCUAUAGGCUACCACCCAAGCACAUUGAAAAGUGAGCAUCCUAGCGAAUGUGAGAAGAUCUAUCAGGACCAUAUAGCUGAAAUGUAUUCCGAUGAAAGUACGGAUUAUUCGGAAGAAUCUUUGGAAAUGGCAAAAAUGCCCGUACAGCCUAUGACUGCCUCUUUGGAACAACAGUUGAAUUAUAUGUACGAUGAUGUGUAG